AUGGCUAUCAACCCGCCGGUUUCGAUGCUGCACGACACGGAAACGACGUCGUCCGUCGUCGCAUGGCGCACCGACGACGACUACGUGGAAAAAGAUGACGUUGCGGUGGCGUCGGCCAAGCGCCGGCGCUUGCUUGCCGUUGUCGCCGGCCUUGUGCUCGUCGCGAUCGGCGUCACGACAACGCUGCUCGUAACAAGCGGCGCCAACGACGCUUCGGCAUCGUCGAACGUGGUGACGACGGCACCGACGCCGGCACCGACCGCAACGACCAACAACACCGAGUCUAUUGUGAGCGCUGUGGGCGCACUACCGCUAACUAUUGAGCCACUAAACAGCUCGUACGCGGUUGAAAGCACCAACGUGAACGCUACGGCGUCGCCGACCCCGAGGACCGAGACACCGGCGCCAACAACCAAGACCCCGGCGCCGACAACCGAGACCCCGGCGCCGACAACCGAGACACCGGCGCCAACGACGGUGACACCGGCACCGACAACGAGCACACCGGCACCGACGACGGUGACACCGAAACCCACGACGACGACGCCCCCGGCCGCCCCGGGUGUCCCCAAGAACGCGAUUCGCGUCCAAAACAACUGCGGCAUGGCGGUCGAGCUCAUGUACAUUCUGCGCGUUGGCGCCAAACAUACCAUCUACUACGAGCCCAUCUCCAAGGACGGCUACUACGACGUCCUCGGGAGCCGAUACGACGGCGGCACCCUUCGUAUCGGGCGCUCCGAGAGCGCGACGUUGUUUGAGUUUGGCCAUGGCGAAGGCAAGCACUGGUACGACAUCAGCGUUGUGCCGCCAGGGUGCGACUCUGGCCACCACUCGUGGAAGGAGUGUAUGGACUACAACCACGGGCGCACGGGCUACAAUGUGCCAAUGAAGGUCGAGGUGCAGUCGUAUACCAACCACGACACGUUUCGCUGCCGUAACGUCGAGUGCCGCCACGAGCAGUGCGAUGAGGGCUACCAGUUCCCCGGCGACAACCUCAAGUGCAUGGACUGCGCCCACGACGAGUCGUUUCUUGUCACUGUCUGUUGA